CGUCUUUGAGCAUCCACUUUUUCUUUCUACUAUAAUGCCCGGAAUGAUUCCCACGAGAUCUUAGGCCCGUCAAGAAUAGUUAUGAAGUGUUCCCACACAUGCUUAGCUAUAGGACAAUGAAUGAAGCAGUGGUCUGAGGAGUCAGCUUCUUCUUUGCAUAGGUGACAGAAGGAGGUUAGAUUGUAGGAGAUUUUUUGAAGGUUGUGUGUGAAGGGGAGAGCAUCUGAGUAGAUUUUCCACAAAAAGAGGCUAAUCUUGGGGAUUUGCAGAGGGUGCCAGAUAAUCUUGCUAGAGAGUGUCUUGCAGUAGUUAUUAUUUGCAGCAGAAAUGGCCUUCCCAAAGGUAGGUGAGUCUCCCCAUAGGAAGUUGGACAUUCUUUUCAUGAUGGAGGAGGAGAUUGAUUUAGGGAGCUUGUACACAGACAUAAGAAUCCCUCUGCUAAUAGGAAUCCCCAGGCACCAUUGGGUGUUAGUUGUAAUACGUUUGUUUGAAAAUAAAGUGUAUUUCCUAAACUCAAUCAAGGGGACCGGAGAGCAUAAGCAAAUGAAAGUGAAGACUUUCAUCAACGGCCUAAGGCUCGACCGAAUUGGAUUGAUGUUCCUGGAGUACCCCAACAACUAGGGGGCUUUGAGUAUGGUUGUUAUACCAUGCGAUUUUUAUGGCUCAUCGUCACUAUGUGCGCUAAAUGAUCUUUACCGUUAUACAAUGUGUUUCAGUCUAAUUCGCCCUAUACCAUAGCCAAAUUAGAAGAGGUUAGAGAGUUUUGGGCGG